AUGAAUAAUCAACUCUUGAUUGUAGAAACAGGCUUUUUGUUUGUGAUAGUGAUUGGUUUGUUUAUAGUAAAAGAAUGGGAAGGAAAUGAAAAGAUAAUAAAAUUACUAUUUUCAUUAUCAAACAUUAGUAUAUUUUUAUUAGAAAUAAAGUAAAUAGGAGAUUCAAAUUGUAAGACUUAUAUAAUAGACAGUUAGAUAUAUUAAUAGCUAUUUCAAUGUUUUUGAUGAUAGUGUAUAUUUAUAAAGAGUAUAAAAAGGAGAAGAAUGAUAUACCUUAAAUUUAAAUCUUAAAUACGUAACUUUCAGAAAGAAAUAAUAAGGUGGAUUAGGAAAUAGAAUUACCAUAACAACUGGCAGUGAUUCAUUCAAUUCAUGAAAGUAAUUCAAGCAUGAAUCGAAAUUAGAAUGCAUCAGCAGCAGAUAAUAAUAGACGAUAAAGUAAUUCUUAAGGUGAGAUUACAGAUUAAUAAUAAACUAAGUAGGAUUAUGGAACGAAUUUCUUAGAUGAUCAUAAAAGACCUUCUUUAUAAUAAAAGAAUAAUAAUGGACUUGGUAUGUUUAUUACUCGUUAAUAGAGUGUUGCUUAAAUUUAACGUAAGAAAUUAAGAUAUAUUGAUAGCAAAUUUAAAUGUGAUAAAGUUUUAGGAUGAUUUAGGGGAAAUAAAAUUUGGAAUACUUAAAACUUUAAAAUCAGUUGCAUAUGAUUAAUUAGGAAAGGAAGUUGAAUGUAUAUUUUAGACAGAUAGACCUUUUACAAAAUUAUUAUCAACUGUUGAAUAAACGAAUCAGCCAAGAAUGCAGAUAUUAUAUGAGAGUUAAGUAGUGAACAAUUAGUAUGUAGAUGAUACAUUAAGAGGAGCUAUACAAUUAGAUAAUUUAGGAUAUGGUGAAAAGAAAACACAAAAAAACAUUACAUGGUAAAAAAUAAUAAAAGCAUUUAUUUUAAUAAUUAUUUUAAAACUAAAUUUUGUAAUAAUUAAUAAUUGGAAUUUGUACUAAUUAAUCUUAAUAUUAUUUAUUUUGUAGAGGCAAUUAUUAUAAUUUAAAAAGUUGAUUACAAAAUCUUUGGAUAUGAAAUGUGAAGUAAGAGAAACACUGAUUUGGAUUUCAUUAGUAGUACUACCAAUAGUGAUUAUUAUUUUGAUAAAUCUUAUUGAUAAGAGAAUUGUAAAACAUAUUAUGAAAGUUGCAAAUUGGAUUAGUUUAAUAAUAACUUCUAAGUACAAUAAAAACUGUUCAGAGUAAAACUAUCAAAAAUAUUAUUAAUUAGAUAUUUCUAUGGUUCUUUAUUGUUCAUUUUUGCAUUUACAAUAGUACUCUGUUUUAUUUGAAUGUGAUAUAUAUAUAUAUUACUCAUAUUAAUAAUUCUUUUUUUUUCAGUAAUUUGUUAUAAUUCUUAUAUAUUAAUAAAUUUAUUGA